CUAUAUACAGGAGUACGACUGUAGAUUAGGUUAGGGCACACGUGUUUUUGUUGUACAGUUCCCGGUGUUAUUACUUCAAAAAUGGAAAAAACAAAUAAAAAGAAAUCUCGUGUUAUUAUGGAAGAAUACGGGAUACCUAACGCCUUUGAAUUUGCUAACCUAUUACAUUUACAAGAAGAUUGGACUAUUGACAAAUUUAAAAAGGCAUUCCAAAUAAAAAUUGUUAGUGAAAGUGAAAACAAAUGUGAGCUAGAAUUUGACAUAAUAGGAUGCUCUGCUGCAUUAGCUAACGCAUAUCGUAGAAUUAUGUUAAGUGAAGUACCAUCAAUGGCAAUAGAAAAAGUAUAUAUGAUUAAUAACACUAGUUUGAUACAGGAUGAAGUGCUUGCACAUAGAUUAGGGCUAUUACCAUUAAAAGCAGAUCCAAGAUUAUUUGAGUAUCCAUCAAAAACAACUGCAGACGAAGAAGAAGUCAGUGAUCAAGAUACGUUACGAUACGAAAUCAAAGCAAUAUGUAAAUGGAAUCCACAUGCACCCAAAGAUUCAAGGAGACCAGAUGACAUUUAUUGUGGUAACAAUGUUUAUAGUAAAGAUAUUAAGUGGAAUCCUAUUGGGAGGCAAAAUGAAUUAUAUCCUGAUGGAGAAAAACAGUUUGGUAUGAUAGCAGAUGAUAUUUUGAUCUGCAAAAUGAGGCCAAACCAAGAGAUUCAUGCAUAUAUGCAUGCUGUAAAAGGAAUUGGCAAGGACCAUGCCAAAUUUUCUCCAGUCGCCACAGCGACAUACAGGCUUUUACCAGAAAUUCAAAUCAUAAAGCCUGUAAGAGGAGAAGCCGCUGAAAGGUUUAAAAGCUGCUUUAGUCCUGGAGUAAUAGAAAUUGUGGAGACAACAAAAGGUAAAGAAGCAAGAGUAAAGAAUGCACGGUAUGAUAGCUGCUCAAGAAAUGUAUUUCGUCAUGAUGAUUUGAAGGAUUGUGUACAAUUAGGAAGAGUACCUGAUCAUUUUAUUUUUACUGUUGAAUCGGUUGGUGCUUUGCCAUCUUCAGUUUUGUUUAUAGAGGCUGUUAAAGUAUUAAAAAAAAAGUGUAAAAUAUUCAUGGAAGAAUUAAAGACAAUUGAUUAAUUGACAAAAAUAUUUAGAUUCUAAUUUUAUACAAAAGUUCAUAAAUAAAGACAUAUUUAUAACACA